GUGACAUUAUUCAUUUCAGAAAUAGAGAAUUGAUAGCAGUUCAUUAGUUACACAGUUGUCGAAAGAAGAGACCACGACUUUGAAGUAACCGCCUCCCGCAAUGUGAAAUUAACUGUUUGCACCGUCUCAGGUCUUACAAUGCCUAAUUUUAUUUGAUUAAGAAUUAACGCUAACUGUGGUGGUUUGGAGCUGUAUGUACCCCAGAAAACAAUGUUCUUAAAGCUACUCCAUUCUUGUGGGUGUGGACCUAUUGUAAGUAGGACCUUUUGAUGAGGCUGCUUCAGUUAAGACGUGGUGCAGGGUGGGUCUUAAUCCUCUUGCUGAAGUCCUUCAUGAGAGAAGGAAAUUCAGAGAGAGAGAGAGACAAAGCCACAGGCAGCAAGGAGCUGAAAGCAUCAAAACCUGGAAGAGCAGGGAGAGACCAGCAGAUGGCGCCAUGUGCCCGGCCAGGUGGUGGAGCAGCCAAGGAUCGCCGGCAGCUGUCUCUGAGAAGAAGGCUUCUCCUGAUGGUGGCUUGAUUUGGACAUUUUUCUCAGCCUCAAAACUGCAAACAUGCCGAAGACAUAUUUGGUGAGUUGUUUAAUGAGGCUAACAACUUCUACAUCAGAGCAAAUUCUCUUCAAGACAGAAUUGAUCGCCUGGCCGUCAAAGUCACCCAGCUGGAUUCGACAGUGGAGGAGGUGUCACUACAGGACAUUAACAUGAAGAAAGCCUUCAAGAGUUCCACCGUGCAAGACCAGCAGGUGGUUUCAAAGAACAGCAUCCCCAAUCCUGUUGCUGACAUUUAUAAUCAGAGCGACAAGCCGCCUCCGUUGAAUAUUCUCACACCGUACAGAGAUGAUAAGAAGGAUGGGCUGAAGUUUUACACGGAUCCUUCCUAUUUCUUUGACCUUUGGAAAGAAAAAAUGUUGCAGGACACCGAAGACAAAAGGAAAGAGAAAAGACGACAAAAGGAGCAAAAGCGUGUAGAUGGCACAACCCGGGAGGUGAAAAAGGUUAGAAAAGCCAGGAACAGGCGCCAGGAGUGGAAUAUGAUGGCAUAUGACAAGGAGCUUAGACCUGACAACAGGUUGUCUCAGAGCGUGUACCACGGAGCGUCUUCCGAGGGAUCGCUGUCCCCAGACACUAGGUCCCACGCAUCGGAUGUCACGGACUACUCGUACCCGGCCACCCCCAACCACUCCCUGCACCCGCAGCCGGCGGCGCCUUCCUACGCGGCCGGGGGAGACGGCGCCGCGCCGCAGGCCCCGGAGCCCGAGUACCGGCCGCCCCCCGGCUCCGCGCGGCACCUGGCGCCUAACCGGCCGCAGCAGCCGCCGCCCCCGCCGCCCCCGGCGGCCGACGGGGCUCCGGCCUCCGCGCCCCUGGCCCCCGCGGACUACGGGAUGCUCCCAGCGCAGAUCAUCGACUACUACAACCCGUCAGGACCACCUCCCCCUCCACCGCCUCCUAUGAUCCCUUCGGCACAGACUGCAUUUGUUAGUCCUCUGCAGAUGCCCGUGCAGUCCUCCUUCCCUGCAGCUGCUGGCUCCACAUACCUGGCACCCCCUCACCCUCCUUCUACUGGGCUGGCGGUCACAGCCCCCCCACCUCCAGGCCCACCGCCCCCCCCACCAGGCCCUCCUGGGGCAUCCUCUUCCCUCUCAUCCUCCCCCAUGCACGCCCCACCAGGAGCCGAGGCGAAGCGGCAAGAACCUGCACAACCACCAAUAAGUGACGCUCGUAGUGACCUUCUUGCUGCUAUUCGAAUGGGAAUCCAGCUGAAGAAGGUGCAAGAGCAGCGUGAACAAGAGGCCAAGCGGGAGCCUGUCGGGAAUGACGUGGCUACGAUUCUUUCCCGACGCAUUGCCGUGGAGUACAGCGAUUCUGAUGACGACUCGGAGUUUGAUGAAAAUGACUGGUCAGAUUGAGGCGUGUUCAUGGGCAGCCGACAACCCGGCAAUGAUGCUGGUUGUCAGCCAGAACUCCAUGAGCUGGCAACGUGUCGGAAACUUCAGUGGUCUCAACACUUCAGUGGUGGUAUUCUAACCCUGUAGCUUAGCACCUUUUGUAUUAAUGUGAUAUUGCUUCUGCACAUCCAAAACUUCUGGGUUUUUUCAGUAUUUACUGUGUAAUACUUAAGUGCCACUAAACAUAGCAAAUUGUACUGCACAUGAAAUACGCUGUAAUUAUUGCAUUGUCCGGGACACAGCAUUUUGCUUUCUUCUUGGCCAUGAAAGUAUUUAGUGCAGUUUGGGUUUAUUCUUAACAGAUUAUUAUAAUUCUGCAGACUUGCUGUGUGUUUGUGAUGCUGCCUGGUUGUUAGGUCUGCGACUGUGUGUCGGAGUGAUGUCUUCCAAGCAGUAAGUGAAGCUGUUUUACUUUUUUAAAAAAUUUGUUUCAGAAGAAGUUGGUUCCACAGGGAAAGAUUGAACAAGUGAGGAGAGGCAAGUGUUUCUGCUUUCAGUUUCUUGGCUUGGUAGCCUCUGAGUGAAUUUGAAUGUUCUGUUGAAUAAUUUCACUUCCUUUGCACGUUCUGAUAAAAUGUGACAUUGGAUGGGACCCUUUUUAGGCAAGAUUCCACGGUAAUUUCUCUUUGUCCUGUGGGCAUUCACUUAAGAAAUGCUCUUUGAUGAUUUCUGUGCCGGGUGUCAGCAGCUCAGUAGCAAUGAAAACAAAGAAUAGGGUCCUUUUUGCCUUCAGGGGCCAGGUAGGGGGUGACAGUCAAAGUUUUCGACAACCAUUCUGGAGUGGACCCCCACCACUGGGAACAGGCACUAGGCGUAAAGGAGCCAGAGGGUCUGGUGGCGCCUCACUGCUGAGUGUCAGCCAGAAGAGGUGGCUGCUCCCAUUUCCCUGGAAGCCAUGUCCUGAGUGAGGCUGGUGGGAGAGCGUCACGCCUCAACAGGUGGCAGAGCGCCUAGACAUGCCUUCCUCCACGUGGUCUGGACCUUAAAAGCUCAGCAUCGGGGAAAGUAGGUUUGUCAGCCGUUACCUUUUCAGGGUGCUAUGGCCAGAUCAGGGAUCGCUCUCCCACUAGUGAGGUCUUGCUCUGUCCUAGAAGCACACGGUUCUGUGGUCUUGUGUUGUCUUUUGCACAUUCAGUUUUAGAAAGUACCUCACCAGGUGACUGGGAUGAGACCUGCUGUCCCAGAUCACUUUCUUCCCCCCUUGCCCUUCCCUGUAUCCUCGCACACGUGGGAAUCCUGGAGACACAGGGUUUAUUUUCCUAGGAAGACAAGCCCUUGGCAAACUCGUGAAUGAGAGCUUCUAUUUUGUAAUUCUGGAUGAAGGGUAACUGGUUGUUUAGAAUAAAUACAUGCCCAUGCUUCAUUGUAGAUAUGACGUCACAGAUAAACAGUAGGACCUCAUUUUACACGACCAGUACAUUCCAGGACCCUUCAAAGGGUAUCAUCAUACGUAAUAGCGAACCCCAUUAAUAAGCAUUUCUUACACAAAUAUACAUAUCACAUAUUGUUUUAAUAAAUAAAUAAACACUAGUAACAAUGAGUAAACAAAAUCACAGAAAUAAUUUUUAAAAAUCUUAAUUCUCUCUCUGCCUUUAAUUUUUUUGAUUGCCAAUCACAUAUACCUGAAUUUGCAUCUUGAGUUGGUGUAAAACGAGGUCCUGCUGUACUAAGAUAACUUACUUACUUACUAAGGAAUUGUUACCUCCAUGUAACAUUUCAAACAGAUCGCGAUCGUUAGAGACUACCACUUAGUUACAGUGAAGGAAAGUCUAGACUAUUGGGGUAAAAACAGUUAUUUGAGUUGAUGAUAGGAAUGAGACAGGACCACAGCCAGUGGGCUUUUGUUAGUUGAGUUCUCUGUGGGCAGUCGGCUGUCACCUGCAUCAUGUCUGUAUGUCUCCAAGUGGACAUGUAGGCAGCUUGGGGCAGGCAGCUUAUGAAGCUUGCACAUUGGGCUGUAUUCACUGAGGUUGAAUAACCUAAUGUCAGCAUCACCUCUCCAAGACUGUGCUUAUCCCUGCUCAUCUGAGCCUUUUUAGCUGUGCUGGCUUUUUAGGCACAUGCUUCUUGAGUUUCUGUUCUUGGAGUUAGAUACCAUCUGGCUAUUCACUGUAAUUUUCUAGAAUAUAAGUAAUAGUUGUUAACUUUUUUUAUUUUUCUCUUCUUUUUUUCCUAAUGUAGAGGCCUCCUGUGUUGGCAGUAUUCUUGGGAUGUUACCGUUUUUAGCUUUAUUUUGAGUUUAUUAUAAUAUUUUGUCUUUAUUGUUACUUGUAUCUUAGGAGUUACCUGUAUCUUUCUAGAACUUAUGUUCAGCAAUCUUCUAUGUUCUUUAAGGCCCUUGUGUUCUCAGGAUGGAAAAACAUAUUAAAGCCACUAACCAUGUCAUGAUUUCUUCUUUUCUGUCUUGUUACAGUAAAAUUAUUGGCACUUUGUUCAUAAAUAUUCAUAAAUCUAUAAUUAUUAGUUGCCUUUGUAUAGUUUAAUCAACAAAUUAUUUUCAACUUGAUUUUAUGACUAGUGAAAAAGCUUUUGCCCUGUGCGUUAUGCAGCCUUUAAAGGCGUGGAAAAUGAAUAAAAUCCAGUUUAGAUUAUUUUGGGGAGUAUUUUUCUCAGAAAAUUGGAUUUAUUCUAAAAUUUAAAUCCAGACCUUUCCUAAAUCAUGGUCCUACAUGGAAACAAAAAAAGUUGUUUUGAAUACUCAGCAUUCACUUUCAAAAAGUAUUUACUGAAACAAUGGAGAAAGACGUUGGAAAGCAUAUUCCAUAUCUGUUAAUGUGUUUUUCAUAGGGCAGUUAUAAACAGUAAGGUUAUAUUAAAUUGUUCCAGUUUUAUUUCCUCUUGUGUAUUUUAAUGUAACCUCCCAUAAGCCUUUUCCUUAUUGCACAGAAUUAGGCAAAGGGGAGGAAGUGGUUUCUCGGUACCACGUUAGCGCAAGGAUGUGAUACGGUGGAGCAUCACAGUUGGUUUCUGCAGCCUGAGGCCCAAACCAUAAGAUUUGAUACACUUAUAUUUUUUUCAGUAAAGAUGCUGCUAAAGAAUUAACAUUUUCAUCUCAGUAAAACUUUAGGACUUUUCUGAGCGCCAAGUGGCUACAUUGUGUGAAAGUUUUAUAAUAACGAACAACUGAGAUACAUUUUAAUCCAUUAAAGAUUAGUGGGAAUGUAUCAGCCAGAGUAGCAAAUAAUUUUUGUUUUCUAAAGCAGAGUAUCUGUCAUCUUCCAGUAUUACCAGCACUGUUGUAAAAUGAAUUUAAAGUGGUAUUAAAAAAAUUAACUCCUGUUAAACAAUUUUUAUCUGUUUGUAUAUCUUACAAUGGAUUAUGUACAAGUAACAUCUAAAUAAAAGUAAACUUUCAAUCCUAAAA